AACGGCUAUUGGAAUUGUUUUCAGAUACCGUGAACAAUGGGUGGAUUUCAGAUUCAGCAGAGGCCAUGGACGCCGACGAAGCGUCGCGGUCCCAUCGCGGCUGAAUUCAAUGGGCCCGGGCCAGCUGCUGUGACCUUGCCAUCCUAUAUUGGCAAAAAAUCAUCCGAGUCCAAAAAUGGACGCGCGCCGGCCUACAGCUUCGGUGGUAAGCAUAAUGGACGUGUGGAGUCCAUUGGACCCGGUCCGGGUCAGUAUAACGUCACCGGUUUAUCUUCUAAAGGUAGAGACACUCCACCUGCAUUGAGUCUCCAUGGACGUCCAAAAGAUGUUAAAAUCGACAAUCUUCCCGCACCGGGUGAUUAUGAUCCGGAUAAAGCUGUGAAAGUAAUUCAUGACAGUUCGCCCAAGUAUACUUUUGGUUUGAAGACCAACGUGGAGAAACCCGUUGAUACACCUGCACCGAAUAAAUACCAUGUCGAAAAUGCGGAUGUAAUAUUUGAUAGCUCGCCAAAAUACACGAUAC